GCUCACAAGCACUAGUUGGCGAACAAAAAUUUCGAUUUACUGAAUAAAAAAUCGAAUUAAAAAUUUUUUUACUCUCUACGAUUUACAACGUAUUUUAUUGUGUAUUUUAUUUCUAUCAAUAUCGCGAAGUGAAUCAUUCAAUGGAUCUCUCUACGUCCUGGAUAGUGCAAAAUAUGUUCCCAACAAAUGACGAGAACAAGCGAGGAGAUUCCAGCCAUAACAGGCGACUGACCGAAGCAGAGGUCAGGGUACGAAAAUCUCUGGAGAAGCUCUCUAUACCAGAGUGGUACCUCAAUAAUUCCUCAAAACCACCGAAGAUCCUGGUGAAUAAAUCGUGCUUCGAGAAUCGUCCUGCACCCUGGAAGGAUUUUAAGAAAAAGUGCUCCACAUCUACAAUUGUGAAUGAAAAUCGUAAAGAAAGCAACAAAUGCUUGAUCGACAUGGAGAAUUAUCCCAGCGUAUGUAAGCUCUACCGUCAGGUGAAAAACGGUGACUUCGUUCCGAAAUCUCCAAACGAUUCAAUGAUCGCUCACAACGGAACCCUCGAGCGCAAGUACACGAAGCCGAGGAAGCGCUUGAACAACAGCGGCACCUUUCCCCGAAUGUCGGUCUCCAGAAAAGUCCAGAACAUCAAUAUAGUUCUGCCGUCUCCGAAGGUGGACCUGAGCAUGAACGACUCGGCCGAUUCGACGUCACUGACGGGACCUCCCCUGGCAGAAUCAAGUGGAAUAAUGAUCACCGAUCUGGACGAUCCAGACCCGGAGUACCUGCGCAUCCGACGUCGGCCGUACACCAAGGACAAGGCUAGUCCCCAGAAGUUGGAGAACACUGAUAGCUGGAUCCACUGCAGAACCCCAGACUCCGCGGCUUCGCACUCGACUUUGAAGACCCGACCAUCAUCCACACCAAAGGGUUCCCCCAACUCGGUGUACUCAGCCUCACCCUUGGGGUCUCCCCUGUGCAAGCCAAUUCCUCGGGAAUCCGCCCUCGCGUUCCCGGACGCCAUCUCCUCCUCACCGAUCAUCCAACCGGUUCGUCGAGCGCCUCUCCAAGCCCGGAGGAGAUCGCUGGUGCCCCGUCCGCCAGUGACAGCCGCUCCACCACCUCCAGGACCCCAGCCCCAGCUCCCCAAACCUCCCCGGACGGUAAGCACUCCUGGAUCCUCUUCCCCUCCACCAAAAGCCAUUGCUCCAUCCCCUCGGGAACCAUCCCCAGCACCACGUCCUGUCAGUCCCUUGAAGGAGCUCUACCAAUGUCACAACUGCGGAGCCGACAACGUGCGGAUGCGUAUGAUGGCGAUGUCCCUGGUGAACUCCCCCAGGACAUCUCCAACCUUUGGCAGCCCCCUUGUGUCGACGAAUCAGAAGAACUCACGACCCAGCUCGCGAUCAUCCACCGUGGAGGAGGAGGAGGAGGCAUUUAUCGUGUCCUCGAGGAAGUCGACAGCGAUGGAGAAUAUAAUAAGGAAGGAACGAAGGAGCGAUACUUCUCUGAUUCGUGAUAUCAUCGACGAGUUCGAGGAGAAGUGUAGGACCUCCCCCAGGCCCAGCUCCACCUCACCAGGACCCACGACAUUCGUGGAGAAGCUGGUGAAGGCUCUGGAGAGACAUGACACCAAUGAGGAUUACGAUAAAUAUCUGAACUGCCACCGGGAGACGGAGGUUUACAGCAGUGAGGGCAGCAAUGAGAAGGGUCAUGAGGGAGGAAGUGAGGAGAGUAGUGAUACUGAUAUGAAAUCAACGGCGUCAUCGACGUCCCUGAACUUCAAGGACUCUGAGAGUGGCAGUGAGUCUGAGUCGAGAUCACCAACCUUGUCAUCUGAACCAGAUUACGACUGGCUGAUGAAGGCCAAGGAAGCGGAAGAGGAGCUCAAGGACAAGGAGCCGGAGGAGGAGGAGGACGAGGACGUCUUCUGGGUUCCAGUGGAUAUGUCAGUCUUCGAGACCAAUUCAAUGUUGAGUAUGGGUUCCGCAGCCCCGGAAGUGGAGGAGCCAGCUUUCUAUGAAAGUCCUAUUAGCCCCCAGGAAGAGCUUCCAACUUCUGAGUGUCCGCAAUCCCAGGGGAACUGGGAGAAUACACCGACGAUAAACAAGAGCUUGCUGGAAGGGAAGUUAUUCAAGAUUGAUGAAUCUGGGAUUCUUGACCCGGGGAUUCUUGACUCUGGGUAUUCUGACAGGUCCACCAAGUCGUGCUUCACGGAUUUUGGUGUAUCGUGCUCGGAUUUCGAAUCGAAUCAGAGCCACAGUGACUUCGAAUCCGUCACUGGGACCUACCCCAGGGCCAGCAAGGGAGUGGAAGGGAGAAUGAGUUCUCGGGGGAGUCCGCUAGGGUCUAGAGGCUAUCAUCAACGUGUGAUUAGACGAUGAAAAAAUUUAUUAUUACUUAAAAACAAUUCCACAAUUAAGAGGUCAUCUUAAUUGAUUGGUAAUUGUCAGUCAAAUUUUUUCUAGUGAUGGUUUUGUUCUUCUUUUGUAUCCAGUGUCUGAGUACUUAAGAUGAGCAGAAGUUAUUGACUUUAGAUCCUAGGGGGAACGCGGGUCAGGGAUUUUUUAAAUAAAUCUCUUGAGUUGCUCGAUAAAUUUACAAGAAAAUUAUUUCAGACGAAAAGUAAUUUAGUUUUUGAAAAAUGACGAAAAGAAAAUGUAUUAGGAUUAUUAGACGUGUGGAGACUAGUCGACGAGACGUGGGAUAGAAUUAUCUGGCAAUGAUUUCUAGAAUUAAGGGUUAAUCUUAAUUAAUCGUUCAUUGUUGCUCAAAUUAUGUCUAGUGAUUUUUUAUUUUUUUUUUCGUUUAUUGCAGAAUUUCUGAAUUGAAAAAUCGCGUUGAAAGGAUUCAUCCUAUUUUCUUAUUCAAGAUAUUUUGGAGAGGAUGGAAAUUAUUUUUGUGGGACCUAUUCUCACUUAUUUCAGAAAUGCACAGAAAUUGUUUUUUUAUUAAUAUAAGAAGAUAAUAAUGUAGGGCUAAUUAUUCAGAAGAUACUACUGCUUUUCGACUUAUUUAGUUUAGCAAUAUUUUUUUUCUUUGAAAAAACUGAGUGUUUCACUCCGAAAAAAUUGUUUCGACUAAUUGAUAAGAUAAUUCUACAAUUAA